UGGUCAAAAGCAUAAGUAGGAGCUAUUCCAAACGGACGAGGUUGCAAUAUGGAUUGGAUUAUUUAGAACUUAGAAGUUCCCGCCGUGACGCGCAAAAAGGCGCGCCGCUUGAAGAAAUUGUAGAAAAAACUGAAAAGCUAUCAUCUCGAAGUGACGACUCAAAAAUAUCAGUAAAAAAUUUUUACUUUAAAAAAAUUAAAACAAAAUACCCCACCUAGGGCUUUGGCUUUGGCUUUGGCUUUGGCUUGGGAUAUGGGUUGAUCGUGACCCACGAACGGAAGAAGAGCAGCCACAGAAUGGGCAAAAAAUCUCUCUUUCCCGAAGGGUCCUUAAUCGAGGUAAAAACAGACGAGGAGGGUUUCAAGGACGUGUAUUUUUUAGCUACUGUAAUUCCUAUACCUGCGAAAUUCAAGGGGAAAAAUUACAAGUCUAAAAGGAAAAACACACUGUAUGUGGAAUACCUGUCUCUCUUGGCGGAUGAUAAUGGCUCUGAUUUGCUGCGGGAGUUUGUUGAUUUAAACUUUGUGAGGCCGGCGCCACCGCCGUCGGAGAUCGUGGAGGGGUUUGAAGUGAACGACGUCGUUGAUGCCUACUACAGGGAUGGCUGGUGGAUAGGUGUUGUGAAGAGGGUUGAAGAAGGUCCAAAAUUUGUGGUUACUUUUCAGAACCCGCCAGACGAGCUCGAUUUUGGGAUUUCCAACCUCCGAGUUCACUGGGAUUGGGUCGACGGACGCUGGGUCCGACCCGUACAUCCGGUAAAGAUCACAGAGUGCAACGUCUCCGUUUUAUUUUGCAAGGAUAAAAGAACAUUAGAAAAAAUUGAUGCAUUCUUUGAUGGUGGAUGGUGGAGAGGAGUAAUUACAAAGGAGCUUGAAGAUAGUAGGUACAAAAUCCUCAUCAAGCAGUUGCAAAAGAAUAGUGAAUUGCAUCAGUCAAAAAUAAGACCACACAUGGAAUGGAAAGAUAGUAAGUGGACUGCAUCUUCCCAGGAUGACGUAAUCCCAUCAUCAGAUGCUGAAAAGCAGGGAGGCCCUAUAUGUUCUGAUAUCACCACAGUGGCUGUUCCAGUAGGGAGCUCAGGCAAUGGAAAAGACUGCACUGAAGAGAAAAUGCCUUGUUCCUUGAACUCAAGGGAGAAUCAGAAGCUGAAGGAAGGAAAUCUAGAAGCUGCAACAUCUCUUGCACCUGAACAACAAAAUAUCCUUGCAACUUCAAGUAAAGUGAUGCUUUGUGUCUCUGCAAGUCCAAUCUCUGAAAAUAUCAGGAUCAACUCGGUUAAACAAUCCAUGCUUGGGGAUCUGUCGUCUAAUAAUCCUUACAGGGGGCGGAGAAUUAGAAAACAAAAAAAAUUUGAGGAGGAUGACCCUACAUCUGAUUCUAAGAAGAGAAGAGGAAGAACCCAAGAAAUGCAAGUUAAAAUCCCGGAAUAUGUUGUAGGAGGUUUGGCUACUGGAAAGGGGUGCUCAAGUGACAAAAGGGAUCAUCCGUCAAUUGAUGAGGAACCUUUGAAGCCUGUGAGUGAACAGGAGCAGCAAUCAAAUGAUUCAGCGAUACAGAGGAUAAAGGUUAAUAUGAUGAGACUGAGAAGAGGAAAAACCCAAGAACUGCAAGUUAAAAGCCUAGAAUCUGUUGUAGGAGGUUUGACUGCUAGAAAGGCAAGCUCAAGUGACAAGAGUGAUCGUCCAUCAAUUAAUAAGGAACCUUUGAAGCCCGUUAGUGAACAGGAGCAGCAAUCAAAUGAUUCAAUGCUAUGGAGGAUGAAGGAUAUCCCUACGUCUGGUUCUAUGAAGAAAAGAGGAAGAAACGAAGUUAAUAGCCCAGAAUCUAUUGUAGAAGGUUUGGCUACUGGAAAGGCUUGCUUAAGUGACAACUGGGAUUGUCCGUCAAUUGAUAAGGAAUCUUUGAAGCCUGUGAGUGAACAGGAGCAGCUAUCAAAUGAUUCAGCGACACCGAGGAUACAGGAGAGUAAGCAACUAGAAACUGAAGAAGGCAUUCAUAAGAGAAAGAGAGGAAGGCCGCGAAAGACGCCAAUCAAAAGCCAACAAACCCAGGUAACAGGCAGUGCGCAAGAUGGAAAAAUUGAGGCAGAUGAAAUGGUCAUAAAAGACUGUAACGCAAAUGAAGUUGAUUCGAGCAUAACUGCUGAAAUGAUGACUGGAAUUGAGGGCUCUUUGUAUGAUCAGGAGAGCACAAUGCAUGGCAAGAAUAAUGGUCUUCCAAAGCUGAAAAACAGGCCUGGCAGUAUAAUGAAAAAGACCCACAGGAAAGUUUCAGAUGCGAAAGCAGUUGAGAGGUCAGUAAACCAAAUUGAAAAGCAUUCAUCAAAGGGAAGAAGAAGACGGACCACUUAUGUAAAGAGUGCCUUUCAAGUUCAAGAUUCUCUAGAUGCUUCAGGAAGUAAAACCAUGGAAUCAUAUCACAUGGUGAAUGAAUUAAAUAAAGUCAAUGCUGGAGUACCCUCCAGAGAAUAUGAUAAUAAACCUCUUUCUCAAUGGAUUGAAGAAAUACAGACUCCAAAUGCUGUUGAUGGCUCAAGAGUUUCCCUGGCGAGAACUGCAGAGAAAUGUGUUGAAACCGCCAAGAUGCCAAAAGAAAUUGCUCUGUUAACCGAUGGCAGUGAGAGGCAGGAGUCUGGUAUUCAAAUUCCUUUCUCUGGAGAUAAAGUUUCAAUCAUUCAGAGCGAGCAGCUAAGCUUGCCUUUUGUGAAGAACGCGAUGCUUUGGAGUGCAAUUGAGUCCAUGGAUGUCUUCCAGAGGAUACCGCAGAAGCCGCAUUUCCAACCUCUACAAUAUACUAAAGAGAGUUCUCGUGAAGGCUUAGCUAUAGGUCUAAUGGUAACCUUUUCCAGUGUGGUGGAAAAAGCCUUGCGAUUGCAACUUAAUGAUCCUAAAAGUAUCUCUGACGAUAUUUUAGAGAAUCUUGCAGACUUGGAAAGGUAUGGAUUUGAUGUUCAUGCAGUGAGAGACCGUAUAACGGGGUUGCUAUCUGUGAAAGAUAGGAAGGAAAAGCUCUUAGGCCAAGUAGAGCAACUUGAUAGUCAAAUUGCUGAGCAAAAUCUCGAGAGAAAUCACACAGAUGAAGAGAUUAACAAGAUCAACGAGCAGAUAAGGAAUCUGCAAGAAAAGCUCACACAUGCUGAAUCAGCUAAAGAGGCGAAGGAUCGAUUAAUUGCCUCUUCCAAGUCUAAACUAGAGGAACUCAAAGAAAGCAUCAUGACUGUUGCUUGUGAUUUUGAAAAGUUAGCUGCCACGCCUUUGUAAAUAUUCAUGAUUCUGAAAGACCCUUUUGCUGUACCUGGUCGAAGAAGCAACGGGUUGUGCUCUGUAAUGGUAAUCCUAUGUUAGAUUUGUAUCUUGAAUGUGUUUGGUAAAUUAAACCCCUUUCUUUCUUGAUCUGUAUCGUGUCUUUCCAAAUGUAGAAUUUGGAUCCACAUCCAGAUGUUAAAUCAUUUGUUGUAAUAGUCUGUUUUUGUAUGUAUCAUAUGUCCUUGUGAUGGUUCUAAUGCGAGAUUAGGCAAACAUUAGCUGAUAUUCUGCACUUGAAAUCGGUUUUGCCUUGUUUUGAACUUGUAGCUUUAUUGCUCUGUUGUCCCCUGGUUAAUUUGGACCUCUACUUUAUUUUGUA